AUGAACAUCCACAUAUCCGGGAAUCUGAGCAAACCGACCGUGAUCUUUAUCGCCGGGUGGCCAGACACCUGUGAUGUCUUCCGCGACAACGUCAUGGCCACUUUGGCCGCAGACUACCGUAUUGUUGGAGUGACCUUGCCCGGAUUCGACGACGAGCAUCCGUUUCUCAACGAGCUGCGCAAGCGAGGCGACGCGGCAGAGACGAAUCAGCUGGGGAAACUGCGGCGCGGGGGCGGUGGGGUCUCAACCGCGUGCGCGGCAACUGGGUCGACGUGGAUGAGCGCACUUCCGCCGAUGCGAUUUCUCACCUCCGCCGGCGCUGUUCUGCAACCAACCGACAGCAGCAGCAGCAGCAGCGGCGGGACAUGCGCGAGAACACCGCUGCAGGCAUUCGGCGUUCCCUGUCGCUGUGCCGCAUUAGAGCCCUUCCGCACCUCGUGGAAGGGCCACAGCUUCCAGGAUCUUGUGACGCUGCUCGAAAUCGCGGUGGACACAGCCAUGGAAACGUGUAAUUACUGCCCACCUGUGAGGUUGCCCAUCUCCGCGGAGGCGCAGGCGAGCGCGAGACGUAGCGGCGGCGGCGAAACCGAGACAUCACAACCCACCACCGAUGCGUUUGCGGCGCACCAGCUGCCACCCACAUACACUCGGCCAGUGCUGAUCGCGCACGGCUGGGGGUGCUUGUUGGCCUACGAGCUUCUCCUCGCCAGGCCAAGUCUCUUCUCCCGCAUUGUCGCCCUCGAUGUCGGCGCGUACUGUUUUGAAAGCGACGCCGCUCACGUUGAGCGCAUGUGCGCUUUGGUGUCCGGGCAAGGCAAGGGCAAGCCUACCGACAUGACCCGCAGCCCUUUUGCAGCAGCUGAGGCCCAAGUCGCACUAAACAAGGAAAAGGCUGCCAAUCUAUCCGCUUCUGGGCGGGAGGUGGACACUAUCGCUCAGACUACAGCCACCUGCGAUCCAGACGUGGGUCAACAAGGACGAAUAGUGCCGGCAGCUGGCGCCGCACCGACCCUCACGCUGCUUCGAGGACAGAGUACCUCGCCCCUGGACGCUGUGCCGGCCCUGUCGACGCUGCCGCCGAUGCGCAGCGGUCCUUCCACUUCAGGGACAAAGCGCUCCCUCGCUUCGCAGUACGCCAUUCGCCGGCGCAGGGGCGCCGCGCUACCGCAGCGCGCUGAGGCGCGCAAAAGGCUUUUCAUUAUCCUCUACCAGUUUUUUUUGAUCGUCUGUGAGCUGUUCGUGCCCCAUCGCCUGGCGCGCUGGCUGGUGGAGUGGUUUGCGAGCGUCUCCGGGCGACCCUACUACUCGUACGACCCACAGAUGGUGGUCACGCCGACGAUGGAGCUGCUGAACCACACCCUCAACGCACAGUUUUUUGCGCGACACCCCCUCGCUGUGGAAAACCGGGGCGCCCUGCAGCUGCCCAUGUUACUGCAGACGGAGAAGACCAAAGCCUCUCCAUCAUCCUCAGCAGCAGCAGCAGCAGCUACUGUGGAGGCGGGCUACUGCAAGAGCAAGGGACCUGCGCAGCCAACGACCGCCGGCUGGAAGAUCAUGCUCAUCCCGUAUCUGGAGAAGAUGCCCGUGACAGCCUUCAGAGGCAGCGCAACGUCUGGGAAUCAGGGUCGGCUGCAGUCGAACGGUCGACCCCUGUCCGAACGUGGGGUCGGCGAGGCUUUUGAAGGAAACUGCGGCACGAUUCGCAAGUCCACGCAUUCUGGGCGGGCACAACGGCAAUGGCUCUAUGGCGACUCGUCCACAGACAGCUGCACAGGCGCUGAUGGGAUGGGCGACACUUCGGAGGGUGACGGUGGUGCUGGCGAAAGCGGUACCACGUUUGAUAAGAAGAACCCGACAGACGGCGCGCACGUCGUCUUCUCAUCGUACGCGAAGGGGGCUGACAUGGUGUUCGAUGAGUGGAACUCGCUCGCCGCCGAUACGCGCGGCAUCGUCGACGGGGGUCCCAGCGGUCUCGGCAGCAGCGGCGAACUUGACCCGUACACUUCUGUCAACGGCAUCGCUGCACCCGCGUGGGUCACCGAGGAUCCGCUCACUCUGACAGGCGCGCAGAGCUUCAUGGAGACGAACAGGGCAACAGGGGUGGACAGCAAAGACAUCAGUUUCUUGAUGGCUGCCGACGGCAUCUGUUCGAGCGACGGCGGUCGCGCUGACACGUUCGGCGUUUCUUCUAGCACUGGUGCACGACAAAUGCACGUGGCGAAGCGGCGCCUCUUCUACCAGGCCGUCGUCUUUCCACCGUUGAGUAACGACACCAUCGCGUCGUCGUCGACGCCGUUUCACGGCAACCUCGACGGUGGCGACUCAGAUCGCAGCUCUGUCGGGCCACGCUCGACAGUGCUGAGCCGACUACGCAAGUCGAACCGCAGCUCUCCGCUGCGUCCUGCUGUGCCGGUGCUCGCGUCGCCCUCGCACUCGUGGAUCUACCUCCGAUUCUGGUUGGGGACGUUGGUGCUGCGCCUCGUAGCGCUGGUGUCGUGGCUCCUCGGUGAAAAGCCAGCCACGCCAUCGUCAUCUGUGCCGGGCGAAGGCGCAGCAGCCUUGAGUGCCACCGUCGCUCCGAGCAGGGCGUCAUCGAAUGUGAUGACCACAGCGAUGACUACAAUAUAUCGUCGCCUGCCUGCUACGCCCUCACUCGCAGCAGAUGUUUCCACUCUGCCGGGUAACGGCGACGUCCUGCUGCAGCCAAAGAGCCACGCGCCGCUGGUCACACAGCGCUACUUUGUGCCGCUGGCGAUUCCUAUUCUCUUCAUGUACGGCGGCGAGAAGCGCGUCAUGUUUCACGCCGACCACUGGUGCUCGUACAUACGUCAGCAUCAGCGGCGGCGUGACGGGAUUUCCGAUGUGGUCGAGGUACAGGGUGGCGGCCACUGGUUCUUUGCUGAGAAGAAGUAUCAAAAGAAAGUGGCCGAUCGCAUUGCCGAAUUCCUCGCGGCAGAGCCAACGACGCCGUAUGAAGUCUGA